AUAGAACGCGUCUUGUCAGACGCCGCGUGACAGCGCAGUCCCCAAAACACGCUCGGGCCAGAUGACGCGUCGUCGCUUCACUCCGCGCGCCCACAAACAACAUCGCAAAAUUCAGUUUAUCAUGAGAUUUAGCACAUAGAUCACACACACACAAGGAAUGGAGGCUGUACAGAACGAAGUAUCUAAGUUACCGCAGAUGGUCAUGUGCGGUGACCACCCGUCGGUAACGAAGACGGACAACGCUAAAGAAGAGAAGGAGAAACUCAAGGAGAAGUUGCCCAUGUCUUACGCCAGGAUAUCUCCCACGUCAUCGUCAACCGACCGUUCGACACGAGCGUGCCUACGCGCGGCGUCGGAGCACGCGGUGCGUCGCGCGGAGGCGCGCAGGCGCAUGCUGUCCGCCGACGUGGUCGCGCGCGACCUUGAACCCGCCGCCGCGCCUGAUAGAUCGCUCGUGCAAGCAGCGCUGGGCAGUUUCCGCUGGCCGCCGUACCUGCUGUGCGUGUGGGUGCUGGUGCUGCUGCUUGCGCACGCGCUGCAUGCGCUGGUGGCCGUGCUCGAGCGCGCCAUACCGCCGCUCAGAAAGUUCUGCCAAUACUUUCGCACAUGGACGGAGGAGUCCUGGCGCAGCGACAAAGACAAGCGGUUCUACCCGGCCAGCCUCGCCAUUGUAACCGGUGUCACAUACCUCGUGUACUUUGUAUUGUACACGCUGUACUGCGUCACCGUGUGGGCCAUCGAGCCGCUGUGCUCCGAAACCGAUGAAGAGACCAAGGUGACUUCGUACGAUGAAGACAGCAAGACCAAUGUCAGCGUGAAACCGAACGUUUGAACCGAUACAGCGAAAUUUUGAGUAAUAAAUUUAUUUGCAACAGAUAAAUCUUCCGUUUCAUUGGA